GAAACAGUUGUAUUGCGAUUAAGUCUCCAAUGACGGUCUGGGUCCUGGGCAGAACUGCGUCUGGCUGAUACCGUAACGACAUCGAUGCCUAUUACGGAGAAACGAGGGACUAUACUCCAGAGGAACGACAAAGAGCUCCGCUUCUUCCAGAAAUUUCCGCAUCCCUCCAUUCUGAGCAUUUCAACAUUUUGUUCUAGUUUCUACAGAUUAAUUUUCGGGUCAUCGGAAACCUGCAACCGGCCGCAAUCACAGUUUGGUAACUGAUUUUGGUUCUCCUACUAUCAGUAAGGGCUCAGGUCAACAAUCAUCGCUCCUUUCUCAUGCUUUACUUUUGAAUUUCUCUGUUGCAGCUCUCUACAUUAGAAACAAGAGGCUUCAUAGAAUCUGAAGCUGAGCGGCUCCAGCUCUUUUUUUAAAAACACUGAACAAGAGUACACGUAACGAGCUCAGCUAUGGGGAAUUAGAAUGUAACUGAGUCUUCUCGAAAGACCCCGGAGUGUCUCCUAGAAUUGUAAUGCUCGUCUGGUAACUCACAUUUAUAAUGAUCAUAUUUUAUCAAAGUAUCUAUCUCCGGC